CCCAGGCUUCCUUCGCGAAGAUGGCGGCGGUCGCGUCCUGGGGGUGCCGGAAAUACCUUUUAAAUGCGUGGCUGGUAUCCAGGCAGUGCUCCGGUCCUGUGCCGCACCCCUUGCGUGUGUGUCGAACUAGCAGAUUGUCGUUAGAGUCAUACCAGUCUAGAUGUUCUUCCUCUGACCAUCGAAAAGGUUUUAUAUCUGGCUUUGUAGAGAACAUCAAGCAGGAGCUGGCCAAAAACAAAGAGAUGAAGGAGAACAUCAAAAAAUUCCGAGAUGAAGCAAAGAAGUUGGAGGAGUCAGAGGCCCUCCAGGAAGCGAGACGGAAAUACAAAACCAUAGAGUCUGAAACUGUGAAGACCUCUGAAGUCCUGAAAAAGAAAUUGGGAGAAAUCACCGGCACAGUCAAGGAGAGCUUGGACGAAGUCAGCAAGAGCGAGAUUGGCCGGAAGAUAAAGGAAGGGGUGGAGGAAGCGGCCAAAACGGCAAAGCAGUCAGCCGAAACCGUCUCCAGGGGAGGAGAGAAGCUGGGCCGGACUGCCGCAUUCAAGGCCAUUUCUCAGGGCAUGGAGACCGUCAGGAAGGAGAUUGACGAGAGUGUGCUGGGCCAGACAGGGCCUUACAAGCGUCCGGAGAGGCUGCGGAAGAGAACAGAAUUUGCUGGCGAAAGGCUGAAAGAUGAACGGAUAUUCGAAGCCAACGAGGAGGCCAUGGGGGUGGUCCUGCACAAGGACUCCAAGUGGUACCAGCAGUGGAAGGAGUUCAAGGACAACAACGUGGUCUUCAACCGUUUCUUCGAAAUGAAGAUGAAGUAUGACGAGAGCGACAACGCCCUCAUCCGUGCCUCGCGGGUCAUGACUGACAAAGUGACCGACUUCAUAGGCGGGCUCUUCUCCAAGACGGAGAUGUCCGAGGUUCUCACCGAGAUUCUCCGUGUUGACCCCAACUUCGACAAGGACCACUUCCUCAAGCAGUGCCAGGCCGACAUCAUCCCCAACAUUCUGGAGGCCAUGAUCGCCGGAGAUCUGGAUAUCCUCAAGGACUGGUGCUAUGAAGCGACCUACAGCCAGUUGGCCCAGCCCAUCCAGCAGGCCCGGGCGAUGGGGCUCCAGUUCCACUCCAGAAUCCUGGAUGUAGACAACGUGGAUCUCGCAAUGGGCAAGAUGAUGGAACAGGGGCCUGUAUUGAUCAUCACGUUCCAGGCUCAGCUGGUCAUGGUGAUUAAGAACCAGAAGGGAGAGGUGGUGGAAGGAGAUCCGGAGAAGGUCCUGCGGAUGCUGUACGUUUGGGCUCUCUGCAGGGACCCCGAAGAGCUGAACCCCUACGCUGCCUGGAGGCUGCUGGACAUUUCUACCUCAAGCACCGAGCAGAUCCUAUGACGGACAAGCUGUCGGCAGCGGUCCUGCAGAGCAGCAGCCGUUCUGCCCAGUGUUCGGCACGAGGGACACCUUUGCGAAGGGAUGCUGGGUUGGGGCGCUGGCUCUGGAGCAGGUGCUGGGAGACCCUCCCGCCCCCCCCCCCUUUGCUGGUCUUCAGGCUUGGAACUUCCUCUCGCCCAAGCCAGAUGUGGACCAACGCUGAGCCCUUUGCCCUCGUGGACCUCGGACUUCUGUGUAUACCAAACGGUGCCACCGGGACUCUGGUGCGCGCUUUGCCAAAGUUGUGCCUGUUCAGAAACUUGCUACCCUCCAUCUCACGCUGAAGAGGCCUCCUGAAUGGCCCUUUCCCUACGGCUGAGCCCAGCGGCUCAGAGGGACCCCAGCAGAAAGGAACAGUUCUUGGAAAGCACCAACGAAGGCUGGACGUGGGGCUG